AUGAACACGUAUGACGGUGAGGAUGACAUCAGCGACUUCGUCAUCCAGCUGAACAUCCAGGACGCGUGUCAGGAUGCCUUCCUGAAAUCUGCCGCCAGUCUGGACUCAGCGACAGACCAGAGUCUGAGGGUACUGGCUGCAAUACAGCAAGGGAAGGUGUUGGUGUUAAAGGAGAUGAUGCGCCAACACCCCUUCGCUUUCAGCCAAAAAGACAGCCAAGGCUGGCUGCCCCUCCACCGAGCUGCAUCACAACCUGUCCUGGAGGUCCUGGAGACAAUCCUGCCAGUGGCUGUUCACGGACUCAGUCUGGAGGAGAGGACAGCGAUGGGGGGUGAGACACCACUCACCCUGGCCAUCAAUGCUGGCUUGGUGGAGAAUGUGAAGAGUCUGUUGGAUCAUGGAGCUUCACCUCAAAACACCAACAGCAAGAAUGAGUCUCCUCUGCUGCUUGGGGUGAGGGCCGGUUCCUAUGACAUGACACAUGCCUUGAUCGCCUAUGGAGCCUGGGUUGAGCAGAUCUGCUGCAAGAAAUGGACCGCCAUGCACGAGGCCGCCAAGGUUGGUGACGUUAAUAUCCUAAUGCUGCUGCUACGGAGCGGUGCUCGUGUCAACCAGAGAGACGCAAUGGGGGUGACGCCACUCGCAGUAGCUGCAGACCAUGGCCACCAUCUCAUUACCGAGAUCCUGCUCAACUGUGGGAGCAAAGUGAACUCCCAGGCGUUUAAUGGAGAGAGUGUUCUCAUAGACGCUGCAGGGUCGGGAAAUCCAGCCUGUAUUCAGGUUCUGCUGGAGAACGGCGCCAACCCCAACCUGCCCAGCAUCACCGGACAUCUGCCCAUCCACAAGGCAGCGUACGCCGGCCACUAUGAUAUUCUGAAGAUGCUGAUUCCUCUGACCACCAAGAAGGCCAUCAAGGAGGCUGGUCAGAGUCCGGUCCAUUCCGCGGCAGAGGGAGGCCACAGCCACUGCCUGAAGCUCCUGCUAACCAAUGGCUUUGAUGUCAACUAUCGCAUGAGCACACGCAACUCUGAAAACUACAGAGACAUGAGGAGGAGCGCACUGUACUUCGCUGUGUCCAAUGGGGACGUGGCCUGUACCCAAGUCCUGCUGGACGCAGGUGCCAAGACGGACCUGGACCCACUUUACUGCCUCCUGGUGGCGGUCCGUUCAGGGCGGUACGAGGUGGUGAGGCUGCUCCUGGCUAGUAAAGCGGAUGUAAACUGUUACUUCACGGUGGUUAGCGAUACGGUGUUUCCCACGGCGCUGCAGUACUGCCUGAAGGAUGAGGUGAUGAUGAGACUGCUGCUAAACAAUGGCUAUGACGUGGAGAGAUGCUUUCACUGUAACCAUGACAACCCAGUUGAUCCCGAGAGUGAUGAAGAGACAAAGAUUCCGUUCUGUGAGUUCAUCAGUCUGUGUUGCGUCAUGCACCUGUCUGGGGGCGUGGUCCGGAUUCUCCUGGACUACGCUGGCCAUGCCCGCAUCUGUUCCCAACUCCGCCUCAUUCUGGAGAAGCAGAGAGAGUGGCCAGAGAUCUGCAACGUCCUCAGUAACCCUCGCUCCCUCUCACACCUCUGCAGACUGGAGAUAAGACGCCGGCUGACCCUCAGACGACUGAACAACCAAGAAAUCAUGAAUUCAAAUCUCUUCCCACCCAGAAUAAAGAACUACCUGCUGUACCACGAGCUAGAUCUCUACACACACAGCACAGAACUCACCAUUUAA